UUGAAGGAAAAGCGAAAGACACUGCUAAUGCACGUAAGGACUUGAUGGAGCUUGGGUUAAGGAAGGAAUUACAUUUACAACCUUCAACAAAUGGGUACGAAAUGAUGCUUGGCUCUUACACCCUAGAUUUAGCAGAGAGGAGACGUUUUUGUGAAUGGCUUGCAUCUGUUAAAUUUUCAGAUGGUUUUGCCUCAAACAUCUCUAGAUGUGUUUCAGUUUCUGAUGGAAAGAUAUCGGGAAUGAAAAGUCACGAUUGCCACGUGUUCAUGCAAAGAUUACUUCCAGUUUCAAUUAGUGGGUUUUUACCAUCCGAUAUAUGGCUUGCAUUGACUGAGUUUAGUUCAUUUUUCAAGGCUUUGUGCGCACAGACGUUGACAUUAGAAAUAUUGAAGCGACUACAAUCCGACAUUGCAGUUAUCCUUUGCAAGCUUGAGAUGAUUUUCCCACCUGCUUUCUUUGAUAUCAUGGUACACCUUGCCAUUCAUUUACCCCGCGAGGCAUACCUUGCAGGGCCAAUUCAAUAUAGGUGGAUGUAUCCUUUUGAGAGAUAUUCGGGAAAAUUCAAGCGUUAUGUCAGAAAUAAGGCUCGUCCAGAAGGUUCAAUUGCUCAAGCAUAUGUUCAUGUUGAAUGCUUGACUUUUUGCUCCUUGUACAUCCAUGAUAUUGAGACCAUAUAUAAUCGGGAGGAACGAAAUAGAGAUAUAGAUAAGGGUGCAGAAUCUGACAAUUUGCCUGUUUUCUCACAAAAGGUACAUCCUUUGGGUUCGCCUACCUCCAAUCGAUUGGAUCAAACUCUCAUUGCAAAGGCAAGGUGGUACGUGCUUAAUAAUUGUCCAAAGAUUGGUCAGUACAUAAAUGAGCACUAUACGAAGAUGAAAGAAAUUUCCCCUGAUAAUGUAGAGUGUAGACAUGAAAUUGACUUUCCAAGUUGGUUCCGUACACGUAUUCAAGAACUAUGUUCAGCUAAUCCUGAUGACGUCUCUGAAUCCGUAUAUGCACUCGCUUGUGGACCAGAUCCAUGGGUUGCUUCAUAUUUUGCUUGCAUAAUGAAUGGCAUCAGAUUCCAUACUGUGUUGCGUGGACAAUAUCGCAAAACCCAGAAUAGUGGAGUGGUUGUUAAAGGGGAACACCUAUCAAUGCCUGUUGAUUUCUACGGUGUAUUGAUCGACAUAUUGCAAUUACGUUACAUGGGUUGGCGUCAUGUAUAUUUGGUUAGAUGUGACUGGUUUGAUAUCAAUGAUAGGAGGAGAGGAAUACGUGUUGGGGACCACCUAAUUAGUGUCAACACUUCUAGCAAAUGGUAUAAGGAUGAGCCAUUCGCCCUCGCCUGUCAAGCCUCUCAAGUGUUUUACCUUAAAGACAUUAACUUGAGUGGUAAUUGGUCUGUCGUGCAAAAGGUGAGCAACAGAAAUAUGUUUGAUGUUCCAAUUAUACCAUUGGUCAAUGAUGACGACGAUGAGGAGGAAAAUUCCAAUUUUGCUGCUUUCCAAGAGAACGACCCCUCUUACGUAGAAGUUGUACCCGAGAAUACUGAAAAUGGCAUGCGGAAUCCCUUGCAUAGAUCUGACGUAGAACCAAGCCAUGUUCCUAACUUGACACCAUUGCAAAAUGCGAUACCCCUUCCCGAUGAUGAAGAGUUUAUUGAUGAUGAAGAGGAUGAAAAUGAUGAUAACCAGACCCAUAGCAAUGAAGACCUUCUGUCGGACAAUGGGAGUUUGUCUGACGAUGGUGUGCAUUGAUGCUAG